AUGGAAGAAAAAAAUUAAGAUUAUUUAGAAUUCAAAUCCUACAAAUCAAUAAAAUGGUCAGAACUAUAAUUGGGAGAUAUUGUAUGUCUAAAGAGAGGGAAGUAGAGUCCUGCUGAUCUUCUCAUUUUAGACUCAAGUUAAGAGGAGCUUCUAGUUGAUUUUGAAGUGCGUACUGCAUGUUCUUGUACAUUUGUUAACAUUAAUCACAACACAAAAGGUAAUAUAAUGGAUUUCAUUACAAAACUAAAUGGACAAAUCUCUUUUAGUAUAUAAGAGUCGCCUGUAGGGAGUAUAAAAUUAAAAAAUGAUCCAAAAGCUACUUCAUUUAAUAAAAAAAAUAUGAUUUUGAAGGGAGAAACGCUGGAUAGGGUAGACUGGAUUUUUGGAAUGGCAAUUAGAGUUGGAGAGGAUUGCUGUUAUGGUUAAACAACUCUAAAGAAAUAAAACUAUUCAUAAAAAAGCUGGAUAGUAGAAUUUCAGACUUACAUCUCUUAUACUUGUUGGAUCUUAUUUUCAAUAUGUUUUAUAUCUAAUAUGGUUUUUUCAUCCUUUUUUAUACGUGAGUAUUUUUUUAAAAGUCUAAUUUACUGCUUGUUAAUAUUUCCUUAGAACUUAUAAUUGUUAGAAAAAAUAUGUUAUUUUUUUAUUAUUAUCAAAAAUAAUAAAGCAUUUUAUAAGGAAUAGUAAAAGGUGAAAAAUAAAUACAAAGUUAAAAAAUAGUAAAAGUUAAGAGCAAAUGAUUAUCCAAUAGUUCUUAAAUCAUAAAAUGAUAGGAAAAUACUAAUGCCUAUAGAAAAAUAUUUUAAUUUGCCACUAUUAUCAUUUCAAAGACAAACAUAAUUAUUAGGGUUCAAAUCUCAUAAUAAUAAUGAGACAGGGCUUAUGAUGUUAACUUCAUAGAAUGUCUUAGAUCUUAUUAGGACUGAUAUUCUAAUUUUGGACAAUCCAAAAUUUUUAUUUAAGGCCAAACCUAAAGUAGUCUAACUUGUUGAAAACUUUAAAACAUACCAUUUUAGUUAUAAUAAACUUAAAAAUUUGGUGAGAAAUGCUUCACCAAAAUAAAAGACGAAUUGUGACAAAUUAUUAAUUGACACUAAUAGAUAAUAAACAUAAGAUGAAAUGAAAACUUUAGAUAUUGAUCUUUUGAUUUCUGAAAAAAGAGUUCCUGAUCUCAGAAAUUGUACUGAUAUUUUAUUAGCUUCAAUCUAGAUUUAGAAAAUAGGGAAUAUUAAAGAUAACAACUAAAAGGAUUAAAAAUAAAAUGAUACAAAAUUGAAUAAUGGCAUAGGCAAGAAAAAGAGUGCCAGAUACAUUUUUGAUUCUUCUUUUGUUAAACACUAAUAAAAUAGCAAUUAAGUUUUUGACAACAGUAAAGAUGCAUCCAAUCAUAAUAUCUCUUAAUCUUUCUAAUCAUCACAUAUUGGAUUGUAAAAAUAAAAAAAUCAAUUUGUCAAGCCUGGAACUAUUAUUAAGCAAAAUCCUAAUUUUAGCCAGAUGUCCUAAAAAAAAAUUAACGACCUAAACUCUGAUAGAAUUAUAAGCGAAAAUUAUAAUGAAUAGGACUUUAUUGAUAUUCUUUACAGCCAAGAUGAUAGAAUAUAUAAUGAAAUUUUAGUGAUGAUGCUUCUAACAAAUAGUAUUAUAAGUGUGUUUAAUGAAAAAUUAAAUAAAUUAGAAUUUAUCUUUGAAAAUAGUUAUGAUGAAUCCAUUCUAUAAUUUUGUGAAUUACUUGAUUAUAAUCUAAUUUGUUCAACAGAAUAGGAGAAUACUAAAUAAGAAUUAAAUAGCAGAACAAUUAUAAAAAAGGUUAUUUCAAUUGGUACCAGUUCCAAAGUCUUUGAGAUUCUAACUUUUUUAGAACCUACAGAGAAUAGGAAACACAUUUUAUCAGUAUUAGUUAGAGAUCCAGAAUCAUUUUAGUUAGAUGAAGGUGCAUUGUUAUAUACAAGAAUUGAAACAAAUAAUCAGACAGAAAAUAAAUAUCAUGAAAAUUUAUAAGAAAUGAAUUGGGACGGAUUAAAAACAUUUUUAUAUUAGAAAAGGUAAUUAGGAUAUUCCUAAACAAAUGAUAUCUUGAAAAAAUUAUCCGCUAUCUCAGAGACAUAUGGAAAUAGAUCUCAUGAAAUAGAAAAACUAUUCAUUGAACUUGAAUCUAAGAGUGAACCUAUUUUUGCUAUUGGAAUAUCAUCAACAAAAUAAAAAUUAUUAUAGCAUUCAUCUUAAGAAUUCAUAUAGGAAUAGGUAAAUUAAGAAAGAAUCUUUUUCACCUUAUAAAAUUAUAACAUCAAACUAUGCAUCAUUAUACCUGAUUCUUAUGACGAUUUAAUGCUUUUUGUUAGAACAUAUUCAAUAAUCUAAUCAAAAGAACAAAUUAUUGAAUUCAAAGAAAGGGACUCUUAAUAGUUACAAUAUAAGUUUAGGUAGUAUCUUUAAAAUCUGAUGUCUAAUAAUAUACCAAAUUAUCAGGAUAACUUUAUAAUUGUAAGUUCUGAAGCAUUUGAUAGUAUUUUAGAGGAUGAAUAUUUAAAAUAUCAUUUUGUUUUUAUAUUCUAAAUGUCUGGUGGAUUAGGUGCUUAUCGAUUUACAAGUAGAUAAAAAGGAAAAUUAGCAAAAAUUCUAUAAAAAACUAAUUAAAAAAUACUCAGCGUUGGAAAUUCUUUAGAUGAUGAAUAUCUAUUUAGUAAAUCUCAUUUAACAGUUAGUUUAAUGAAAAAAGAAUAGGAAAUAACUAUUAUAAAUUCAAAAUUUGUAGCUUUAAAUAUUAAAUAACUAUUAAAGAUGAUUUUUCUUAUUUGCCCUAGAUAGAUGUAGAAUUAUUUAGCAUUUUUAGAAAUCCAAUUAUAUAGAUGCUUACUAUUAGGUUUGAUAAUAUUUAUUAUUAGCUUUUAAUUUGAAGAUAUUUAACUAUUUUGGCUAUUGAUAUUUUUUUUAAUUCCAAGCAAUAUUUUGUCAUCUAUUUAGCACUAUUUUUUAUUGUGUAAUCAGAAAGAAUAAACGCUUAAAUUUUAAUCUACUUAUGUUAUGAUAUUUUAAAGUAUAAAGAAGAGAAGUAUGUUAAGAGGAAUUUUAGGGGUUUUUGUAAUAGUUAUUAUUGAUUUAGUAUAUUUGAUUCUAACUGAAUAAACUAUUUUAUUGGUUAUCUCUUCAAAUGGUAAAAUUGAUUAAACAUCAAAAUCAGUAUUACUUUACAUAAGCUUAGAAUUAUUAGAUAAAUCUAAAAUUUUAUUCCAUAUUAUAAAGAAAUAUGAAAAUAUCUAUUAUAAACUUAUGUAAUUAACUAUUACAAUUUUUAUAUUGACUCUGUUAAUAAUAUGUUUUAAUUUGGUUUAAGCCUCUACUGAUGAUUAAAGACUGAUAGAUGAAUUCAAUUAAUAAAAUUUUUUAGCUUUCAUUUUCAUAAGUGUUUUUCUAAUUGGUUUAUCAUUUGUGACUCAAGAGAUCUUGGAGAUUUAUUCGAUAAAUUUCAUGAUACCCUCAGAACAAAUCACCUUUGAGUAAAACUAAAAAGAUAUUUUGGAAUUAAAAAAAAAACUAAAUUCAAGCAAUUCACUUAGCGAAGAAGAAGAAGAAGAAAUGCAGUUAAUUUUUAAUUAAAAAAUUAAAAAAAUUACAGAUUAGCUUUUUGAUAAUAAAGAUUUAGUAGAUGAAAUAAUAACUAAAUAAAUAAAGGGAGAUUAAUCAGUAGUAGAUGAAAUGGAUAAAUUUCAAGGAUUUCAAGAUAAAAAAACCGAAAAGGAUUUUUAAGACUUCUUUAAAUAAUAGAACUAACAUAAAUUUAACAUUUUCUAUGCUUUUAUAUUUUAUGAUAUAUGCAUACUAAUAAUGUACUGUUAUGAAAUACUUACAAGUAGCGUAUUUCCAUUAUCAAUUUUAUUAACUGUAUUAAUUUAAUUUAUCAUUUAACUUUUUAUUUCUCUUUUAUAAUUAAGGGUGAUCACUAAUAAAAAGAUCUAAUAAUAUUUUUAGUUGCUAUCCCUUAUUUUAAGAUACAUUUUUAAAAUAUUAAUAGAUGUACUUUAUAUAGGAAAUUAUCAAGAAUUUGUUGGAUUCAUGUUUAAUAUCUAAUUUAUUCUUGCUUUUGCAAUAACAACUCAACCAAUAGUUCCAAUUAUUUUCUAUGUUAUCUUAUAAUUGGUCAUUUACAUAAUAGAUUUGAUAAUAAAUGGAUUUUCAAUGAAUUUUCUUAAUUAAAAAGAAGUGAUAUAUUGCUUAGUCAAAUUUGGGUUUCUAUUAGUUGAAAUAUCAUAUCCAAUUUUUGAAAAUGUUUAAAAGUUUCAAUUUUUACAGAGAUCUUCAUAUAUUUAUUAGAAUAGACUGAAUAUUGAAUAAAAGAAGAUAAACUAUAUUUUAGGUUUAUUGAUGCCAAGAUUUAUUUAAGAGAGAAUGAAUAAAGGUUAGAUUUAGAUUUAGCAAGAUCAAGGCGAUGUUACAAUAUUAUUUUGUGAUAUUUACCAAUUCGACAAGGUUAUUAAAUAUGAAUAAGAAAAUAUAUUGAACUUUUUAGAUACUCUAUACAGAGCCUUUGACUAAUUGUGUUAGACGUAUGAUUUGUAAAAGAUAGAGACAGUUGGUAAAACUUAUAUGGCAGCUGGAGGAUUGAAGGAUUAUGAUGCAGUGAUAAAUUAAAAAAAUGCUAAUAGCACAACUAGAGCUUUAGAAACGGCUAUAGCUAUGAUGGAUGCUGUAAAAACAAUGAAAUAUGGUGAUAAUCAAGAUGUUAAAUUAAAGAUUGGAAUUCAUUAUGGUAGAGUAAUUGCUGGUGUAAUUGGAGUUCAUAAACCAUAAUUCUCAUUGAUAGGAGAUACAGUAAAUACUACAAGCAGGGUUUGUAGCACAGGUGAUGCUGGAUUCAUUACAUUGAGUGAAUCGGCCUAUAACAAUAUUAAAGAUACAACUAAAUAUUAAUUUGAUGAAAAGGCAGUGGCUGCUAAAGGAAAAGGGACACUUCUAACAUUUCGAUUCAAGGUAUAACUAAAGGAUAAAGAUUCAACAAGAUUAAUAUCAUCUAAAUUAAUUAAAGAUCAUUAAGAAUCCAGCAAUGAAACUAGAGUUCAAGUUAUGCCAUUAAAAAAUCCUGAAAAUAAGAAACCUCCUGCCAAAAUUUUGAUGAAAAGAGCUUCUGUUAUGAAUCCAAUAGGAUUGGGAAAUGAUCCCAACAAAUCCCCUAUACUAGUUUUAAGACAGCUCUAGUAAUAGUUAUAAAACAAAAAGACGUUUUAAAUUAUGAUCAAGAAAAAGUAAUCGAUUGAUCAUGAAACUAAAGAACAAGAAGUCAAACGUUAAAAUUCUUAAAAAUCGAUAUCUAGUUCGAAUUAAGAUCUAAAUUAAGGAUAAUAAAUAUAGAAUGAAAAUCAAUCUCAAGUUUAAUAGCAGCCCAAGGUUGUAAAUACAAAUCCAAAAAUGAGAAGUAGUAUACUGUAACUGCAUAAACCACUUAAAAGGGGAAAUGAAGAUGGAGCUAUUUAGCAUUAUCCAUCAACCUUGUAAUAGUUUUCAAUGAGUCUAUUUUAACCUAUUUCAGACAUUAGACUUUAACCCUCUUCUAAUUAGAUCUCGUCCUCACAAAACUAAUAGAGCUCAAGUAUAUAACCUUAGUUAAGUGUACUACAAUAAAAUUCUUAAACUCAAAUGGUCUAGAUUUUGGAACACCCAAGUAAAGAGAGCAUAAAGUAGGUGAGGAUUGCAGAGGAAGCAUAAAAUUAAUAGAAUAAUCAAUAGCCUCAAAGAGGAUAAAUCAAAAGGAAGGGAACUGUAAUAAUGGCUGAUUUGGUUAAUAAGAAAAAAAUGAUGAAAUCAAACACUAAAAUAAUUCUACCGGAAGAUAAGGAACGACCUCUUAAGUUAGUUUAAAAGGAAAAUGAAAAUCAUUUUGAGGGAAAAGGAAAAUAAAUAGAAAAUCCUGGAUUUUUUGAAGCUUAAGAGAAUCUUAUAAAAAAAGAAAAUGAUUUUGUUGAAAAUUCUGAUGAAAUUGAAAUAAAUAAAAAAUAGAGCAUUUCAAAACUUUAGUAAAGAUUAGAUUUGAUAAAAUUAAAGAACAUUAAAAAAUUUAAAUUAGACUUUGAUAAAGAUUUUGAUUAUGAAUUGAAUAAAAGUUAAUACGAUAGCAAAGACCAUGUAUUGUAUUAUUAGAUCUACGAAGAAUAUAAUCUGCAAGAAUUUAUAUAGUUUAGAAAAACAUUUAUACUGUUACUAAUUCUUAUGAUUUGUAAAAGCCUUUUAUAUUUCUUAUUAGACGAAUUAAAUCCAUCAAAUAAAAUAGAACUAAUCAUUGUUAUUUUAUGUCAACUCAUUGUUAGUGUAUUGAUUAUCUUUCCUUUUUACAAAUUCUAAGAUCUUUAAGAUUUUAAAAAAGCUAAAUCUUUAAGUUUAAUCUAUUUUAUAAGCAUAAGUUCAUUAAACAUUUUAAUAGUUUACUUUGUGGAUGAAUAAGAAUUUGAGAUAAUUUUGUAAUUAUGUUAGAUUACUUCAAUCUAUAUCAACUUAUUUCACUAAUAACUUUUUAUUCUAAAAGAUAAAUAAUAUUUAUAAAUCAUUUACUUUAUUCUUUUGAUUCUAUUAACUGUAUAUAAAAAGUACAUAUUGGAAAUAGUAUUUUUCAUAAUAAGCACUGAUGGUUUAACCUAUUACUUUGAGCAUUAAGUAAAUGAAAUCCUUGUUAAAAAUUAUAGAGUGAGUCAACAAUUAUAAACUUAAAUAUUUAAAUAUGAAAAUAUUUUGUAAUACUUGAUGCCUCCUCAUGCAUUAAAACGAUUAUUACAACCAGAAUCAGAUAAAACUGAAACAUUUAUAGAUGUUCUAGACCAUGCUACUGUUUUAUUUGCAGACAUCGCUGGUUUUACUAAAUAUUCAAGCUCUGUUUAGCCUGAAACUGUUGUUGAAAUGCUUAGAAACUUGUUUCAAUCUUUUGAUUUAUAUUGUUAAAUGGCAUAGAUAUAUAAACUGUUUACUAUUGGUGAUUGCUAUGUGUGUAUGGGAGUUUUGGAUUACACAAAAAGAGAUCCUGCCGAAGAAGCAUAAAAAGUACUAGCUUUUGGUCUCAAAAUGAUAUAGAUAAUUAAUGAUAUCAAAUAGGAUCCCCAAUAUUAGCAUUUAAACAUGAGAAUAGGAGUGCAUACUGGUAGAGUCCUCGGUGGAGUAGUUGGAACUGAUGUUGUUAGAUAUGAUAUUUAUGGAGAAGAUGUCACAAUUGCUAAUUUGAUGGAGUCAUCGGGAACUGAAGGAAAGAUGUUAAUUAGCGAUUAUACAAAGAAUUUGGUUGAAUCUGAAUAUGAUGACUUUAAAUUUGAAUAUGCGAAGGAUGUUUAUAUUCAAUCAAAGGAUAUGACAAUACCCACUUUUUUUGUUUCACUUAAUGAUUUAGAUUGUUGUGAAGAAAAUUGA